AUGCCACGGGGAAGGCGUCCUGGUCCUGGCACUGCCGAGGAAAAAGCCGCCAUUCGCCGCGAGAAAGUACGCUUGAAUGUCCAGGCAUAUCGGAAGCGAAAGGCCCAGUCUGAAAGAGACACCUCGGAUCCGCCUAGAACCAACUUACGAUGGGUGGAGGAUACGAAAUGGCAGAAUGAGUACAAGCAGCAACGUCUGACGCCCCAGCAAGAAGACGAAGAAGAUUCGGGCUAUGCCUCGCCAGCAACCACCUUGACCCUCAGUAGCGACCAAGAUGCCUCGAGUACCAUGGUCUAUGCGUCUCCACGUACGCUUCGAGCCCCAGAUCCUGAAAAGCAGUACUCGUUGUCGCUAUUAGCCGCCUUCCCCGAACGUUUUCUGCCCAAUCAGCUAUCUCUACCACUUUAUCAGGACGUUCAGACUCCGAGGACUCCUUGUGCCCUAUGGGUCACCACAGCCACUAAGCAAGCCCGUAUGCAAGAGUCUGGGGCGCUGACCGAUGUUCUGCAUGCCAUUGUGCUGGCAGUGACGGGCAUGGACCAUCAGAGGACCGACAUACAAAUCCGCGCGCAACAGCUCUACACCCAGAGCCUCGUAAAGACUCGGCGGAGCCUCGCGCCAGUUCUGGCCAACAACCAAGUCGCCACCAAGACUGACAUCCUGAAUUUGAUCUUAUCAUGUCAUGCCGCCGCAGUAUACGAACUCCUGGUCAAUGGCUCGUUAACAGACAUGCUCAGGCACGUGACUGGAAUCAGCCUCCUGAUCGAACAUCAGCGACACAUGGCAGACUUCUCGUCCUUGGCCGGAGAUAGCCUCGUCGAAGAGUAUCGGAUGCUCGAGAUUCAUUUCUGUCUGGUUCAAAGACGGCUCUCCACAAUAGGCCGCAUUAAGCAAAUGAGCACGAAUGAAAACCUCCCCUUUAAAGAGUCAGUCGCCCACUCUGAGACCGGCUUAGUCACCAGACUCUUGAAUUUGGCCGACCAGAUCUUGCCAAUCAUGGUAGAGCUGGACUCAUACACGCAAACCAAUCCAGCUACCGCAGGCCAACUUAUGAAACUUGUACAGCUGGCCUUAAGCCUGCACGCACAGCUCGAUGCCUGGUCCACCUUUCUUCAUGGCCAAUCGUUUCCAGCAUCUCCGAGAUCUGAAUCCUCCUUCGAUGCAAGCGAGCCCUUGGACCUCAGUCAGAUCACCCAGUACGAGUUCGCGUCGUGCUACAUGUUCAGUUUGUCGUACGACCUUCACGCCAUCGGUGUCUGCAUCGAGUCAGUCGAAGCUUUAGCGCGACGAACCAAGAACACCCACCACGCAGAGCUCGCGAAACCCUCAGCACAGAUCCUUUUACUACGAACCAAGAAUCUCGCCGUGGCCGGCUCCAUCCUGGAGCUGAUGCCCUACUUCUUCCAACGUGACAAGGGCAUCAUUGGCCGAUCCAUCGCCAUCUGGCCGCUUGAAGCCGUGUGGCUAUCGCUUGAUGCUGAAAACCAGCGGCUCGACUGGGACGAAGACGUCUGCAAUGCCAAGAACAUCUCAGGAGACUUCAAGCAUCGCACGCGCGAGAACAAGGUCUUGGUCGCCAAGUAUCUUAGCAUGUGUCGACAGACGGGCCACAGAGCUCGCAGCUUUGGGUUGCCGCUGCUCCAAGAGCGGCCUCUUGAUGAAGAAGCUGACAUCCUGGCCGCAGGGACGACAGCAGCUGCAGAGGAUUCCAAGGGCAGGGUGCAGAGCAUCUACUCGGAGUCUGAAGGCGCGGUGUGA